CGUGCUGUAUCAUAGCCGCUCUUGGUCGUCCUUCAAGGCAGUUGCUUGGCGACCCAAGCCGGUCAAGGCUUUACGCGCAUCAUAAAUUCCGGCAUUUUAUCUUGGACGAACUGCCCCCUCGACCGAUCAGCACUGUCGUCUUCCUCGAUGCUGACCCGCAUUUUCUCCCAUGACAAUGGCCAACGUUGACGAGACUCCAACAGAGCCUGAAGCUCCGCCUCCGAUUUUUGAGCCAGUUCAGGCUCAGGCUCAGGCUCAGGCUCUGGUGUCUAAGCCUAGCAUCGCGCCUGCGGAGAACGGGACGCAAUCUAAUUCUACUCAGCCCACGCUUCAACAUGCACCGGUUCGGCCUCCUCCAGGCGGCCAGGUGUCGUUCACAGCCCCAGUCGGUACUCGCCGACCACUCCAAGACGGCGACGACGGCCGCGGCGAGACUGGAGACUCGCCAGUGCCGUCUGGAAAGCGGCGGCGGGGCCCCAAUAAAGAGCAUAAACCGCCUGGUCCGAAGCCUAGAAAGCGCGACUACCGGCCCACGCUCAACGAGAGUCUCGCCAUGGUGCGGUCAUCCAACCCUGAAAUUGUUGUCUUCCUGCAGCGGUCGCGGACACAGCGAGCCCGGUGCAUUGCCGCUGACGAGUGCUACUGUCUUAAGGGCAACGCCCCCUACGGCCUUGCCAUCACGGAAGAGUACCGCAUCUGCAUCGACCACACCAACCACCCCGAGACGCUGGUGUGGCCACAGAUGCACUUCUACCACGUCUUCUGCUUCACCUUCCGCAUGGGUACGCUCGACUGGAGCUAUCUGUGGGACUUUGACCGCUUCCGCCUCGACGAGCGCAUCGACCAGGGCCAGUUCGGCCUCCUCGUCCGCAAGUGGAUGGACCAGUGCGGCUACGUCAACCUCGAGACGCUGGUCGAUUACAUAACCCAGUACAAGGCCUACGAGGCUAAACAUGCCAAUUGGAACGAAGACCACGCCGUGUGGCUGGCCACGCACCAGAACUGCGGCGAGUUCUUCCAGGACCGCCGGGCGAAGGAGGGCGGUCUAGCUGGCUGCAAGUGCCCGAUGGAGCCGGAAAGUCCCGAGAAGCCCAUUCUCAAGGACUACAAGGCGGUGGGCUCAGGGAGAGAACGAGUCGAUUUGUGCGACGUUUUGAAGAACCCGCUAGUCAAGGAGCUGUCUGGCACUUUUUGGCACGACGGCACAGGCGUGAAGGUGCUGGUAUAUCCUGAGGCAGAGGCCCCCCAUGAACUAGCUGUUGCCGACGAACCGGAGACUCCUGAUAAACCAGAUGCUCCUGAUAAAUCAGCAGCUGCUAAUGAGUCAGAGACUAGUGAUGAAUUCCUAACUCCCGAGGUGGAGUAGGCAUUUGGAAUCUGUCAGCAUCAGGGAGCCAAUUAACCCGAGGGAAAACUUGGCGAGUUUGAAUAGUGUUCAGCGUGCAAAAGGUUCAGUGUACGGCAAGUCUUGCCGAACAAUAAGCGAAGGAUCAUUGGCGGUGGGAUAUGGUUUUAUGUCAACAUCAACACUUAGUUAAUGCCAGAACGUGAAGGCGG